UCGCUCAAAAGCAAGCGCUUGCAAUUUUGGGCAAGCUCAAGCCCAACAAAGUCUCAUGCCCAAACUCGCCCCAACGUUGAUCACAAAUCUCUUUAGUUCCACUACUUUUGAGAGAAUUGUCAAAUUAGCGACCGUCAAAAUUGCAACUUGUCGUGCCCCGAAAGAUUUCUCGUUUCAUAUGAAGAACCAGGAUCGAGAAGGGUUGCCUCUUCCUUGCUCGAACAGAGUCGUCUCCCUGUGAUGGUGAUUUUCUAAUUCUAUUGUCGCCAAGUUUCUGAAAUUCGCAAGUCUGGGACGAGAUUGUAUGCACUGCCAUUCCACAACUAGAUGUGAUCGUGGGGAAGAUGAGAUGUUUGCACUGCGUGGGCACAGCCACCACCUGUUCGAUCGUUUGUCUGAGCGAAGUAAUAGUAUGGAUGGUGGGAAAGAUGGAAUGUCUUUAGUGCGUGGCCGCAGCCACCGCCUGUUCGAUCGUUUGCCUGAGUGAAGUAAUAGUAUGGAUGAACCCACCACCGAUUGAUUCUCUGUUUCGAAUGGGGUUUCUUGAAGAUUAAAUUGAGAAGCCAGCUGGUGAAGAAUCCGAGGGUCGGUAGGAGUUGCUAGAGCUAGCUACUAAUGGCUCGGAAACACCUGUGGAACGGCCUCUACUGGGGAAAGCAUCUUGACGCCCAAAGAAAUGGAUUCCUGCGCUGGAAUGUGAUGUUUUAUCAUAGUUUUGGUGAAGCCCGUGGGGUGACUUUGCCUGCUGGAUGGUAUGAGAAGGCCUUUCGCAAAAUGACAAAGUUGAGCGACUGCUUGAAGGACGUGGAUUUGGUCGACGGACGGCUCGUGAAUCUUAAAGAUGGUUCGAUUGUCGUUGAUGAUCUUAUGGAGCAGAAAGUGCAUACUUUCAAAUCUCUUGCUAGAGCUUUUAUUGGGUCUCCAUCGAUCCAGCAGACGCUGAGGAGAAGUGUUCCAGCAUCUUCAGUGGAUGCAAAGUCUGCAGCCCAUGUUUGUUUCAGUAAAGUGAGUGAAAGAGAGCCCAUGAUCAUAAAUUCCCUGACUAAGAUAAGCAACAUCCUUAACAUUUCUGCUCAGCAAAGGAAAUCAGUGCGUGUCACAGUAUGCCCCCAGGUGACCCAGCACCAGAUAUGGACCGCUACGCUCGAGGAGAUACUAAAUGGCUUGAAAUAUGAGUUGGACAUUUUGAAUGGCCAAUGCCCAAGACAUGCCACUAAGAUGGGUCGGCAGAUCGUUUCUGUUUGCCUAAAGUUCUUAGAAGAAACUUCAAGUUCAUUCAAUCCCGACUCCUCUUCAUGGAUGCGUGUUUCACCAGCUGCAAAGGCUGACUACUCUGCCUCAAGAAAGUGGGAAGAUGCCUUUGAGAUGUUCGAUGACCUCAUUAGAUGUUUAAAAUGUGAGGAAGAAUUGCUUUUACAUUUAAAGAAGCUUGAGGCAAUGAAGGAAGGGCUGUCUCAAAUCAGGGAUGUGGUAGUUGACAGAUGUAUUGGGUAUAAAGAUGUUCGACACCAGGAAAGCCUAGUGCAAAAGAAACUUACAAAGACACUCGGAUACUCAUCCCCAUGCUUGUUUACUCUUCUUUUGUAUUAUCUCUAUGGAUAUGUCAGAGACUUGGAGGUAGACCUUUCUGGUGGGUUUUGGGGACACAGUGAAGGUGGCCAAUGUUGUUUGCACUUGGGACGGAUUUUGACAUCAGAUGAGGAAAAUAUUGUCUGGAACGGGCUAAAACACUUACAUAAAGCUCUCGGACUUUUCAAGUUUGUGUGGGAAACAGCAGGAAUGGAAGGAGUCUUGGAAGUGCAAGGCCAUUUAUGGUGCGUGCAAGCUGAGGAUAGGACGCUAACAUAUAAAGGAAAUCUGUAUUUCGUACACGGAAUCACGUUGUGAUUGGUUGGUCUUACCAUUUCAGUGUUUGAACUCAUUGUAUUUUUAGGCCAUCUAUGCUCUUCUAUAUAUAUUACAAGAGCUGACAAUUUCUCUGGGUGAGUGGGAUGCUUUCUGUUGCUUUGGGGCAGAAAUGGCAACUACAUGGAGUGGGACGAUCAGUAACUUCAUAUCAACCACAUGGAGAGUAACAUCAAGGAGUAUGUAUACGAUACUUAGAUUGCAUAUUUCUGGUAGAAUUUUAUUUGAAAGCUCUGUACGCCCAGCAUAUGUGCAAAUGGAUCAGAUUCUUUCUAUGGACGCGCUACAGUUUGAGGUGGACAGCACAAUCUGGCCGAAUCUGUUAUAUAACUUGGAGUACUGUUUUUUGAAUGAAAUGGUCAAGCAACUGACAACAGCCUAUUUGUUGGCA